AUGUCGUCCCCACCACCACAGCGGCCACCAACCACCACCACUGCGCUCCCGCCUACCGCCACGCCCCCUCCUCCGGCCACCGCCUCGCAGCCCCUGCCGCGCGCCUUCCUCGCCACCUACACCGCGCCGCAGCGCGCCGCCAACUCGACCCCCACGCCGCCGCUGCUCUUCACCGGCCGCCCGCUCAACCCUAACCCUAGCCACACCUCCCCCGCGCACGGCAUCCUCUACCCCGUCGCCGCAUCAUCCUCCACCCCCGCCGCCGCCGCGGCGGCGGCGGCGAACCAUCGCCGCGCUCCCCCCACCGGCGUCGCGUACCCGCGCGCCCACGCCGUCGCUGUCCCCGUCACAGCGCCGUCUCAGCAGCCCCAGGUGCCAACGCAGCAGCGGUCCUACGCUGCGGUGCCGCGGGCGGUGGUGGCGGGCGUGACGCCGCGUCCAGAGCACCCUCCCCGAGGGGUUCCAAUAGCCCCGCAUCCUCAGCUCAAGGUUAAUGCUGUUCCAGCUGUUACUCCAUCUCUGGCUGUUACUCCAUCUCUGGCUGUUACUCCAUCUCCAGCUGUUACUCCAUCUCUAGUUGUUACUCCAUCUCCAGCUGUUACCCCGUCUCCAGCUUUUACUCCAUUUCCUCGGGAGCAUGUCACCACAAAGGAGAGAGAAAGUACCAAAGAAAACGCUUCAACUGUGGUGAUCAAUGACCGCAAAGUUAAUGUGUUAGACAGCGAGUCAGGAUCCUUGUAUGCUCUUUGUCGAUCUUGGCUACGCAAUGGCGUUCCACAUGAAAUUCAGCCAAGCUUUGCUGGAAACGUUGCACCACUUCUUCCAAGACCUUUGCCUGCUUCAGUUGUAGAUUCUAGGAUGUCAGAAAAGGACAAUGAUGUUGAAGAUCAAGUUUCAGAAGAAGAGCAGAGACAUGCCCAAGAAAGGAACACCCUGUGCACCAGAGACGCGAUGGACAGAGCAUUGACCAAUAAUGAUACUAGUGAAUAUACGGCGUCUGACUUGUUGAGAGAGCAUGUAACUCGUGCAAAAAAUAUACGUGCCAAAUUGCGCAAGGAGCGGCAAGUCCGGAUCGAGAGAUACAAGCAGCGCCUUGCACUUCUUUUGCCUCCACCACCACCCCCACCUAGCGAGCCAUGA